UAGGUCCCACCUACUGUAUACUAUAUUCCAAACUUCAUAUCGGAAGAAGAAGAACGUCAGAUUCUUGAGAAUGUGUAUAGUGCACCAAAACCCAAGUGGACUCAACUACUUGGUAGAAGAUUGCAAAACUGGGGUGGUCUGCCUCACCCAAAAGGAAUGAUUCCAGAAAAGAUGCCAGAAUGGUUAGAUGUACUCAUACAAAGACUGUCAGGGCUGGACGUGUUUGAUGGCAAAAUUCCCAAUCAUGUACUGGUGAAUGAAUAUGAAGCAGGGCAAGGAAUUAUGCCACAUGAAGAUGGCCCAUUGUUUCAUCCAGUCAUAUCAACAUUGAACAUAGGGUCUUACACUUUCCUUGACUUCUACUACCACAUAAGUGAUGGAACAUCUCAAGCAGAAUCGUGUGCAGAACAGGAGAGAUACUUCAUGUCGUUAUUCUUGCAACCACGAAGCUUACUUCUGAUCAAGAGCGACAUGUACAACAGGUUCCUGCACGGCAUCGGUCCGAAGACGCAGGACGUCAUCACGGACAAGAUUGGCAACUUGGGCUUCUGCGACGCUAGCGUCGGCGAGGUGAUGGAGAGGCAGCGCAGGAUCUCGCUGACGAUUCGGCACGUGCCACACACGCUCAAGGUGAAGCUGAAGCUGGGGAAGACCUGAGACAUGAUGACGACGACGUGAGGAUCGCGGCGAGUGUUGGCCGUCUCCGAGGCGGUUUUGUCUUCUCCCUCCCGCCGUACACAGGUGUACGCGAUGCCUAGAGCGUUAGCUUCCGGAGGGUGCAUCAGUAUCUGUAGGCAGAUAGGGCAAGAACGAGAGAGAGAGCAGCAGGGAGAGAGAGGGAGAGAGAGAGAGCAGUAGGGAGAGAGAGCAGCAGGGAGAGGGGGAGAGAGAGAGAGAGAGGAGAGUGAGAGAUACAUGCCAUUCUUCCAUACAGAAACAAACAUACAUGCUGGCGGAUGUUUCCAAAUUGUUGUCUGAAAAGAAACCUCGUUUUCUCUUUAAUGUUACUGCUAAAAUAAUCCUGUAAAUACAGAUUAGUUAAGGGAACAAGCGAUAAAUAAGUUGCUCCAUGUCAAAAUCAUUAGCCACUUUCACCUGUGACUGUAGAUUUUAUUAUUAUCAUUAUAUACUGUCAGUACACAGGCACAAGGCAACUUCACCCCCUAAAUUGCACUAUCUAUUGCCUGUCACUCAAGUUAAGGUAUUGUAGAUAUUUUAUUACUUUGUUGAUAUCUUCCACACCCAUGUCGUACUGUAAAUGUACUGUAGCACCUCGAUUCAUUGUUGCAAUCACCUUUUACUCGGGUUAGUUCCGACGUGUAAAUGGGGCCGUGUGAACGCAGAGUGCCCAACUCAGUGAGGUGGAAUCACCCACCAACACAAGUUAAGCACGUUGAGUUUAUUUCAGCAUUCGGAAGCAGAGUAAACGCACCGGUGCCGUGAUGCAGUCUCAUAGAACUAUAAACGCGGCUGGUAGACUGCUUGUAUUGACCCUCUGUCUGUAGUCGUCCAUCUGUCGCUGUGCCGGGUGUGCCAUCAGCAGACGCCGACCGACUGCUUCACUACGAAUGACCACAUUCAAGUAACCAUGCUAUAGGUAUCUUUUGUGUAAAUGAUAUGCUUUACUAUUUGCAAAAAUGCAUGUGAUGUUAAUAGACAGACAAUCAGUAAAAAGUGUGUGUAUGGUUGUAUUUAUAUUGUAAUCUAGGGAGUGUCAUGUUAAAUUAAAGCAUUUAAAAACAUG